GGCUCAUUCACCAUCCGCAGUGCUGUGCACAGCCCAUAGCCAGUGCUCAGCCCUUUUCUCCCCAUCGCUUAUCACAGCAAGCCCCCGCGGCCUCCCUGGAAAAAGGACGGACUGCAGAGUCCAACCACAAUUGCAGCUUCUUUCGCAAUCUUUCCUUGGAGUAUAUAGGCAUCACUUCACCUCCAGCCCCCGCUUGUCUCAUUGUUCUCGACCCUGCAUCGCACACCGAGGACGUUCUUGCUUCUCCGCGCGCACAUCACUCACACGACCUGCAACAACACUUGAGCACAAGCAUGGCGACCAUCCAAUCGCAGCGCCCGUCCUCGAGCGGUGGCGGCUCAUCGGAUGAGAAGCGCGACCUGAAAGCCGAAGGCGCCACGCUCGAGAAGCAAGAUGCAUUCCAGAUUCUGCGCAACAGCGAGAAAGGCAUUGGUGCCAAUGGCGAACUGGAAGUCAAGCGAGACCUGAAGCCGCGUCAGAUUAGCAUGAUUGCCAUCGGCGGUGCUAUCGGCACAGGUCUCGUAAUCGGCACUGGUGGCGCUCUAGCCAAGGCCGGCCCAGGAUCGCUGUUGAUAGGCUAUUCAUUAAUGGGUGCCACAUGUUUCCUCGUCAUGUGCGCCUUGGGAGAGAUGGCAACAUACAUGCCCCACAAGCGUGGAUUUGCUGGCCAUGCCACCCGCUUCGUCGGACAGAGCUUCGGAUUCGCUACUGGGUGGAACUAUCUCUUCAAGUAUCUCAUGAUCUCGCCCAAUCAACUCGUCGCAUCUGGACUUGUCAUUCAAUACUGGCGUCCAGACUUGUCUCCGGCGAUCUUCAUCUCGGUCUUUAUUGUCGUCAUCCUCGGCAUCAACUUCCUCGGCGUCAAGGUGUUCGGCGAGGUCGAAUUUUGGCUAUCCAUGAUUAAAAUCAUUACACUCACCGGCCUUAUCCUCGCGGGUCUCAUCAUCGACCUCGGUGGUUCCCCAUCUGGGGACCGCAUCGGUUUCCGCUACUGGCAAGGAGGCCGUGCAUUCCUUGAGUACAAGUCUAAGGGCAGCCUUGGACGCUUCCUUGGUUUCUGGAGCGUAAUGGUCAACGGCCUGUUCGCGUACAUGGGCACCGAACUCGUCGCCAUCACUGUUGGCGAAGCUCGCAACCCGCGCAAGUCUGUCCCGAAAGCGAUUCGAAGCACGUUCUUCCGGAUCCUGUUCUUCUACAUCUUCGGCGUUGUCAUCGUCGGCAUGGUCGUCGCGGCAGACAGCCCCCUACUCUUGACAGCGAACAAGCAGAGGCUCGGCGCCGCAGCCAGUCCGUUUGUCGUUGCCAUCAAGGCGGCUAACAUCCGUGUGCUGCCUUCGAUCAUCAAUGCGUGCAUCUUGAUCUUCACACUUUCGGCCGCCAAUUCGGACCAGUACGUCGCCUCACGUACCCUGUACAGUCUUGCCAUGGACGGCAACGCGCCUGCCAUCUUCAGACGCUGCAACAGCAUGGGCGUACCAUACGUUGCGCUGAUCAGCACCGCGCUUUUCAUGGCCCUCGCCUACCUCACCCUUUCGGACGGCGGAGCAAUCGUCUUUGGCUACUUUGUCUCGGUCGUCACCAUCUUCGGCGGGCUCACGUGGAUCUGCAUCUUGAUCUCGCACAUCCAAUUCAUGAAGGGACUCAAGGCGCAAGGCAUGAGCCGUGACGAUUUGCCGUAUAAGGCGCCUUUCCAGCCGUACGGGUCUUACAUCGCCGUCUUCUUCACCUCGCUCGUCGUCUUUUUCAAAGGCUGGGACAGCUUCAUGCCUGCGUUCCAGUACAAGAGCUUUAUCACAAACUACAUUGGCUUCCCAAUUUUCUUCAUCCUCCUCUUCGGCCACAUGCUCAUCAAACACACGUCUUUCAUCAAGCCCGCAGACAUUGACCUCCUCACGGACGCGCGCGAGUUCAACGAAGAGGAUGAGCUGGCUGCCAAAGAGGACGAGGAGCGCGAGGAGAUGAUUCGCCGCGCGCCGCUCCACAAGAAGAUUUGGUACAAGCUGCAAGAUUGGUGAUCGUUGCAAACAUUUUUACUGCACGUCAUAUUGAGUUCCCUACUGCUUGUUGUAGAAUAGAUCUUGCGCAUCAUGCUCAAGCAAUCAAAAGUGUGCGAGGGCAC